AUGCCCAGAUGCCACCACGUCAAGCGCAACUUCAGCAGCGGGACCAUCCCGGGGACCCCGGGGCCCAACGGCGAGGACGGCGUGGAGCAGACGGCCAUCAAGGUGUCGCUCAAGUGUCCCAUCACCUUCCGGAGGAUUCAGCUGCCAGCCAGGGGCCACGACUGCCGGCACAUACAGCGGCGUUGGCCACGCUGCGGCUGCGCCAAACCCAGACUCUCCCCAACUCCGGACAAAACGAGCCGCUCAUGGUGGUUUUCCUCUCUUUUUGCAGAAAACUUCCGUGCCCUGAGCACUGGCGAGAAGGGAUUUGGCUACAAGGGGUCCUGCUUCCACAGAAUCAUUCCUGGGUUCAUGUGCCAGGGUGGCGACUUCACGCGCCACAACGGCACUGGCGGAAAAUCUAUCUAUGGGGAGAAGUUCCCCGAUGAGAACUUCAUCCUGAAGCACACAGGCCCUGGCAUCCUGUCCAUGGCCAAUGCCGGCCCCAACACGAACGGUUCCCAGUUCUUCAUCUGCACUGCCAAGACCGAAUGGUUGGAUGGCAAACACGUUGUGUUUGGCCGCGUCAAGGAGGGGAUGAACGUGGUGGAGGCCAUGGAGCGCUGUGGCUCCAAAGAUGGCAAAACAAGCAAGAAGAUCACCAUUACCGACUGCGGGCAGCUCUCGUAAACCCUCUUCUUAACAACUGACCAUUCCUUCGGCAGCCUGGGCGCUGCGCCCCGCUGCAGCUCACCCUGUCCCACCCUGCUCCUGACUUACUGCUGCGUUUCUACUGGGUCUCAGCCCCAUGUGCACGGUCCAGCUGGGCUGCAGUUACCUUUAUGAGUCUAAAUAAAGUGAAUUAAACCACA